UUCCAGAGUCACGCCAUCCGUGGAGGACAUGUGUGCACUAUUCAAAUGAGGCUGAGGACAGAUCUCCAGCGGGCAUCGCGGUCGGUGCCCAUUGGCUAGCUUUCAGUCAGCUCAGGGGAACGGGUCGCGUUCUGGUUUGCUGCUAUCGCUAGGAGGGACGUCUGGUGAAAUCCACAUGUCACAACCCGCGGUAACAGUGGCCAAGGAGAAUGCCGAAUGCCAAACGAGAUCUCCGUGUUUCACGCAAACACCCUUACAAUCUCCCGUCUCGUGGGUUGUACAAGCCUUGCUCGAGCUACCGGUUCUAUUCCAUCGAAACCUUGUAUAAUUUCUGUCAGGGUUCCAAAUGCUUACCUUAUUGCUGGAACCUUUGCAGCUUUUUUUCUUCCUGUGUGCAAGCUUGUAAGGCUUGCAGUUUAACCCUCGUGGCAUUUGCUCCUCUUUCGCGUGCGUUCGCUGUUUGCUGUCACGUAACGGCGCGUCGCACGACUGCGUUCUCACGCUCGCCGUCUGGUUGAGUUUCUCCCAUGUAUCAAUCCGUUCCCUCCUGGCCGAUGGCGACGUUUAAUCCCGUGAAUGCUGCGCGGACAGCCGCGCCGAUGCAAUCACCAAGCGUAACAUCACAGUUCCUACCAGCACGAGAAAGGGCCAUCGCAGAACGCGUGCCGUCGGCUCUAGCCUACAAGGUUGCGACGGAGACGGCACAGGCUGCCGAUCUCGAUGACAAAGCCCUGCGAUGUGGUGCCAAGCAGCUGCCAGACGGGCGGCUUUUCUGGGCGCCCAAAACGCUUCUAGUGCCUAAUCGUUUGCCUUUGGAUUAUGUUCACACGCGUACAGAAGAAGGAGCGACGAACUUUAAAAGAGCGCUCCUCGACGAACUUCGCAAACUGAAGGAGCAGCAGUACCAACUAUGUGCAGAGGACAGCACAGACUGGGAGAAAACGCCCCGAGAGAAGCAUCACGAUGUCAUCGUGUUUCACACGCAGUUCGUUGUUGAUACUGGGGCCAUCGAAUCGUUAAUUCUCGAUGGACGACGGUCCUCCUUUCCAUAUGACUUCCAAGUCUUGACGGAUGGCGACAAAGAGUUGUUUGCUGACUUCUUUAAUAUGCGGGCGCUGAGAAUUCUCAACUGUGGCCUCACAUCUUGCGAGAAUAUUCCCCGGUUUAAAUUCUUAAAGGAGCUGGAUCUCACUGGAAACAAAAUCACCAGCUUCAAGGGCCUGCUGUGCUUCACAUACCUUAAAACUUUGAAGUUGGAAGGCAACCAAAUAACAACGCUCAAGCAUUUCCCUUUCUCUCCUGGCCUUCAAGAGCUAGACCUAUCUCUGAAUCCUUUCAACGAUAGUCUUGCUCGUCUGCUGGAGCGUGCCACUCAGUUGAAAGUUUUGAAGCUAACCUACACGAAGAUUUCCGCGGCAGAUCACCUACUCCCCCUUUCCAAAAUGACACAUCUCGAGGUGAUCGAUAUCCGCGGAACGCCGCUGCUGCGCUACCCAGGACGAUUUGCUAUGCUUGGAGCUCUUCGAUCGAAGCUGGUGUAUUGAACUGGAAGAGUGAAGCAGGUCGAAGGAAGCUGCUUACACACUGUUCUCUCCAGGAUGUUGUGUCGGAAUCAGACUUUACGAUGGUUUCCCUUCUCCUAUCCAGUGCCACGCUACCCGCAAGCGAAAUUUAGUUGCGCUCUUCGUGUCUUGUGGAAAAACUAAAAUCUGUGGUGGACGCAUCGCGCUGUUUAGAGGCGCGUCUACAUCCGAACAAGUAAAGGAAGCAGCGGAGCGAAGCCGAGAAGCACAAAGACAGGGGAACAGAAAAGUGUGUAACACAAGCAAAAUGAGGUUCAAUUAGCGUGUACUGCUUGUGUAUGCGUCCGCUGGCUUCACACGCAUGAAGGCUGUGGCAACUGGCCCCAUUCGUCAUGACCCAGCACACAUUUGACUGGGGCGGCAUUCGUUACAGGCAACCCAAAAUUGUGGCGUCUGAGCGCUUUUUCGCAGGUUCACUGGAUUUCUGCGUGUCUCAAAAACGCAUACAUUACGUACAGAAGCGGUGGUGUCUGUGGACACAAGGUCACACCUUAGAAUGUGGAGUCGGGAAUAUGACACUGAAGCGAUACUUCUUUCUUCCCAUGCGUUGUUUGAAACACUGCGGAAAAAAC